CCCGCAAAUCUAGAAGCACAGAGAUAAGAUAAGCCAAAAUUAGAUUCAAAAUCUCCGCCUCUCUUCGUGCCAUUUUGGGUGCUCGGAAACCGACGCGUCUCCUCCCGUCUCGCACCUGCUCCUCCCGUGACAGCGACGGCGGCAGCAGCGCCGAGAUAUUUUCAAUUUUCAUCAUUUCAACCCAAGGCUUUUAAAGCAUGCUUAUGCUUCCAACCUUAGGUCAGAAUAUAUUGAUCAUCUUGGAAUAAAGAAGGCACCUUCUUGUGUAAGGCUUGGCUGCCAGCGAGGCCGCCGAAUCCCGCGGCUUGUUUGCUCCAUGUCUCCAGCUGGUGAUCCGAGCUCCGCUGCCCGGAGGAACCCCACAAAAUAAAAAAAAACCUGCUUUCGCCGCGGCCCCACCCAUCAUCACCCAACCACCUCACCGGCUUUAUAUACCCCCCGCGCCAGCUACCCAUGUCACACGACACGGCAUCGCACCACCCCGUCGCCGCCGCAACAGGCCAAGCAGCAGCAGCACCACCACCGCCACCGGCAGCAGCGGCACACGACCCCGGCGGCGGAAGCGAGUGCCGGUUCUGCGAGAUGACGCGGCAGCACCAUCCGCAGUGUUCGCGGCGGCUGCCGAAGCGCAUCAUCCUGGUGCGGCACGGCGAGAGCCAGGGGAACCUGGACAUGUCGGCCUACACCACGACGCCCGACUACCGCAUCCCGCUGACGGCGCUGGGCGCGGAGCAGGCGCGCGCCGCGGGCCUCCGCAUCCACGACGUGGUGUCGUCGUCGUCGUCGCCGGGCGGCAACUGGAAGGUCUACUUCUACGUGUCCCCCUACGCGCGCACCCGCGCCACGCUCCGCGAGAUCGGCCGCGCCUUCCCUCGGGACCGCGUCAUCGGCGCCCGCGAGGAGUGCCGCGUCCGCGAGCAGGACUUCGGCAACUUCCAGGUCGAGGAGCGCAUGCGCGCCGUCAAGGAGACUCGCCAGCGCUUCGGCCGCUUCUUCUUCCGCUUCCCCGAGGGCGAGUCCGCCGCCGACGUCUUCGACCGCGUCGCCAGCUUCCUGGAGUCGCUGUGGCGGGACAUCGACAUGGGGAGGCUGGACCAGGACCCGAGCUGCGAGACGAACCUGGUGAUCGUCUCCCACGGCCUCACCUCGCGGGUGUUCCUCAUGAAGUGGUUCAAGUGGACGGUGGCGCAGUUCGAGCGCCUCAACAACUUCGACAACUGCGAGUUCAGGGUCAUGCAGCUGGGCCCCGGCGGCGAGUACUCCCUCCUCGUGCACCACACCAAGGAGGAGCUCCAGCAGUGGGGGAUGUCGCCGGAGAUGAUCGCCGACCAGCAGUGGCGCGCGUCGGCCAACCGACGCAGCUGGGCCGAGGAGUGCUCCUCCUUCAUCGACACCUUCUUCGAGGAGCCCAACGACUCGUCCGAGACCUCAUCCUCGGACGACGAAGAACCAGUGGACAAGGAGAAUGGCAAGACCAAGCUGCUCGAGUAACUAUAACAACUGUUCAUCCACCCAUUCACUCGCAUCCUUCUUCCUCUCUUGCUUCUUUGAAAUUCUUUCCAUUGGAUUGGAUGACGAUUUCUGCUACUAGUAGAUGAUUUGAGGAGCAGAGCAGAGCAGUGAUGGUGUAUUCAGCCAUUGCUGAUCUCUUUCUUUCUCAACAGUCAACAAACAGUCUGUAACAUGUUCAUAAUUAUAGCUAUUAGCUAGAAUGAUUGAAUUUGGGGGCAAAUUCAGAAAAUGCUGAAGAGGCAUACUACUACUAUUGCAUCUGAAGGUGCUAUAGCUCUAACUUGAUUCUUGUAUGUUCCUACUAGCUGGAGAACUGACAAAACUCACAAUGGCUGGCUGUCUUUGAUUAACUAAUAAAAUAAAGAUGGCUCCUUUUACCUA